AUGGUAGACUUUGCGAGCUGGCGUACGCAGCCGCGAGAAUCCAACCCACCUACACACUCACACUCCCACGCCAUUAAUAAACUCGACAGUGAAUCCUCACUCGUCAGAUAACUCGCAAGAAAAUCGCGGAAAAUUCCCCCGCAUCAUCGUCACCUUCCUCCCGUGCCCCGCUUCACUCCUCGGCCAUCUUCUCCCACCUCACUCCACUCCAGCCCACGAGGAUGGGGAGAGGCUCCCCUCCCGCUCCCGCCCCGCGCCUCGCGCCCGGGCUGCCGGCCCUGCUCGCCGCCGCGCUGCUGCUGCUGCUGCUGCCGGCCCCGGCCGCCGGGGUCAACGUGACGGCCGUGCUCGCGGCGUUCCCCGGCUUCUCCGACUUCGCGCGGCUGCUCGCGUCCUCCCCGGUGGCCGCGGAGCUGGCGGGGCGGUCGUCGCUCACGCUGCUGGCCGUGCCCAACGCCAACCUGCCGCGCUCGCCCUCCGCCUUCGCCGCGGCCGCCGGCGCCGACCUCGCCGACGUGCUGCGCUACCACGUCCUCCUCGAGUACCUCUCCCCGCCCGACCUCGCCCGCGUCCCCGCCUCGGGCAGGCUCGUCACCACGCUCUUCCAGACCACCGGCCGCGCGCCCUCCGACCUCGGCGCCGUCAACCUCACGGCCACUGCCGCGGGCGGCGGCAGCAGCAGCUCCGCCGUCGUCGUCCGCUCGCCGUCCCCGUCCCCGGGGUCGAACGCCACCGUCCUCGGCGCCGUGACCAGGGAGCCGUACAACCUCAGCGUGCUGGCCGUGGGCGGCCUCAUCGUGCCCUCCGGCUUCGACAUCGCCGCGUCGGGCUCCGAGACCCGCCCGUCCCCGGCGGUGAACAUCACCCGCGUCCUCACCGACGCGCGCGGCUUCAACGUGGCCGCCUCCAUGCUCGAGGCCUCGGGCGUGGCGGACGACUUCGAGGCCGACGAGCGCGGCGCCGGCAUCACCAUCUUCGUCCCAACCGACGACGCCUUCGCGGCCCUCCCCGCCACCGACCGCCUCCAGUCCCUCCCCGCCGACCGCAAGGCCGUGGUGCUGCGCUUCCACGUGCUGCACUCCUACUACCCGCUGGGGUCCCUGGAGUCCAUCGUGAACCCCGUCCAGCCCACGCUCGCCACCGAGUGCACCGAGGCCGGCCGCUUCACGCUCAACAUCACGCGCUUCAACGGCUCCGUCGCCAUCGACACCGGCGUCGUGCAGGCGUCCAUCACCCGCACGGUGUUCGACCAGAAUCCCGUGGCGGUCUUCGCCGUCUCCAAGGUCCUGCUGCCCAAGGAAAUGUUCAGCCGCGGGAACACCAUUAACCCCGGAGCUGCCACCCCUCCCGCCACCAUGACCCCAGACGUCUCCGAUGGCCCGCGGACGCCGCCGACGAAGCUGUCGUCCCCGCCGGCCCUGCGCGGCCAGGACAGCAAGCCAUCAUCAGCACCAGCAAGAAACGCGAACUGGUGGUGUACAGGAAUAGGAUUGGUCUGCCUGCUCCUACCUCUGCUAUGAGAUCCAGGUGGUGCCUUGCAUUCUCAAUUUUUCCCUCUUCUUCCACCAUUUCCUCUCUCGUCUGAUCGAAACCGAAUGUGUACACCUCCGGUCGCCAUUGGAUUGGGGAGAGGGUUCCGUAGAGGCCAUUGUAGCAGCAGUAGUAGCCAUUAUUUCUCGUUUCUUCACCUGAUUAGGGAAAUGAUAAUAAUAAUAAUAAUACCAUGUGUAGAAAUCUA